UUCUUCUUCCCGCCGAGAGGGAAAAAAAAUAAAAAUGAAAUCCAUUUCAUGGUGUUGUUCAGGCGAAAUCCUUCUCUUCUUCCGUCGGAUCCCUAGAAAUUCUCUGUGGAAGAAUCAUCUCUUUCGCUUCCGGCGAUUGGAGGUGUGGUGUGUGCAGCCGGCGGAGCAUGCUCUCUUCUCUGCUCGGUAGCUGCCUGCAUGCUGCUUUGAAGGAGAGUGAAAAGCUUGGAGCUGAUUGCUGUUUCUAACUAAACUGAUUGGCGAAAUGAUGAUUGGAGAUUUGAGCAUCAAUGGAUGCUGAUUGGGCAGAGCGGAGAGUGAGUACAUGAGGAGGUACCAUAGCCAUGAGUUCGCGGGGAGCCACUGUAGCUCUGCUCUCGUCAAGCACAUCAAGGCUCCACUUCAUCCCGGAAACCUUGAAACUGGCAGUCUCCGGGAAGUAGAUGUGAAGUCCGGACUUCCUGCCACGAAAAGCACAGAAAGAUUGGAAGUUCUUGAUGGCAAUGAGCAUGUGCUUAGCAUAAAGAUUGUAGGUGGUGAUCACAGACUAAGGAACUAUUCUUCCAUCAUCUCCCUCCAUCCAGAGCUAAUCGAUGGAAGGCCUGGAACCCCAGUGAUCGAGUCCUUUGUGGUGGAUGUGCCUGAGGGGAACACCAAGGAUGAGACCCAUUACUUUGUGGAAGCCUUGAUCGAGUGCAAUCUCAAAUCUUUAGCUGCUGUGUGCGAGGGCUGAGCGCCGAAGGAUCACAUUCCACCUAUCAAUUGAGUAAUGAAUCCCAAGGACCAAUAAGACACCGAGACUCAACAGUCAAAACGCUAAUAUCCUGAAGCUCUCGGCAUCUGACAGGCCUUAAAAAUACAGUCACCAUAGAGCUGUGUCCGUUGGUGUCUGUUGGACACUAUAUACCAAACCUCACAUUCUUUGUAGCUAGCACAAGCAGUGCAGCUUUAAGUGUACUGCAGGCUCUAAAAUAUUACUAUGGAGGGAUUGCGAGAUUCACUCGGGUUGAAGAGAUUGGUGUGUUUGCUUUCUGUGGUAUCUGCAUCAUCUUAGAUUAAUUAAGAAGCAUUACAAUCUUCACUAACAUGUUCGCCUAUUGUUGUUUCCAUUACAUGAAUUGUUUGGAUUA